AUGCGCUCUGGCUGGAUGCUGAUUCUUGCAGCUCCUACCUAUACUUUGACCGAAUAUCUUCUUGCAGGAGUUGACGCUGUCGAAGCGCUAUUGGAUCAAGUCCCAGAGUUUACUCAUGUUGCAGGACCGAAUCAGACCGAUUAUGCACAUCUCAUUAAAAACAAGGUAUCGUAUCGCCUAGGCAAGCUCUCAAAAAGCCAGUCCUCAAUUACCAAAUGCCCGGCACCCCACUACUAUCUCGUUCUCUCCCUUGAUCGAUGGGCCCAUUUUGGAGCGCUACUUCGUGCGAAGAUGACAGCUGCGCGAAUUCGACGAUCGUGGAUUAAAGCGAUUCCGUCGACUUCACCGCGCGCCACCACCCCAUCCAGAUUGACCAUCGCAUGCUCACGACGGUAUGCCACUCAUAGUAGCUCAGGGGGGCCCUCCAGCGGCACCACGAGGAAACAAAUAACCGUUGCAAGCGAUGAUGGUCGGAUAAGAUGGGGCGAGCUGUCUCGCAGGGAAAAGGCGGCGCGUGCAACGCAACAAUCAGCCAACUUUCUUGUUAUACUUGCCGGUGUCGUCAUGACAGGGGCUGUUUUUACGUUCUUGUAUACGGACGUAUUUGCGCCCGAUAGCAAGACGAGGACCUUCAACCGUGUUGUUGAUCGGAUCAAGGAUGACCCUAAAUGCAUAGAAGCUUUAGGAAACCCCAAAGAAAUUAGGGCUUAUGGUGAAGCGUCAUGGAAUAAAUGGACUCGAAAUCGGCCUAUAGCAACAACCCUGGAGCGCGACCGGCUAGGAAAUGAGCACAUUAAAAUGCAUUUCAACGUUACCGGACCUCUCAAUGAUGGUGUUGUCCGUGUUCACUUGAUAAAGGCUCGGGAUGAAGGCGAAUAUAAGUAUCACCUUCUCGCGCUUGACGUUGCAGGCCAUAAACGAAUAUUUCUCGAAAACGCCGCUGCUGAGGCGAAUCUUGCGAAGAAGACUGCCUCAAAAAUAUUCGGCAUACAGUGGCGAUGA